UUGGAAACAUGGAGGAGAAUCUUAACGCAAGCAAAAUAGUUAUAUAUCUAUCACCGUGUGUUCGAAAACGUUGUAGCUUUAGCUUAUUCAAGAAUUGUCAUUGCUGCAGAGGGAAAUAUCCGUUUUGUUCAAAGAACAUAAAAGUAUGCGAGAAGGAGUGUCUAAGACUUAACCCACCUCCACCUAGGCCAUAGAUCUGGAAAACUUGCAAAAACGUUUUAAAAGAAUUCAUAAAUCUGAUUGUUU